AUGUCUUCCGAAGAUAACACCUCUACCCUCAAGUCCGUCAUGGACACCGCAACUGAUCACUACAAAGCCAAGGGCGAGGCCGAGUCAGACCUUUCUCACGCUGCGGCCAAAGCUGGUCCAUUCACCAUCAGCUCAACCGGCGCUCCAGCCAAGGACAACAGUGACCGCACCCAAGGCCAAUGGGACCAGACGAUCGGUAGCGCCAAAGAGACCGUUGGUAACCUCCUCGGCAACGAAAACCUCAAACAGCAAGGCCGCGAGCAGAACCUCCAAGGCCAGGGCCAGGAAGCCAAGGGUCAGCUGAAUGACCUUGGAAAGGGCGUUAGCGAUCGUGUUCAAGGUGCAGUUGGCGGGGCUGCUGCUGCCUUGACAGGCGAUCGUGUUCAACAGGAGAAAUACGCCGAUAUGCACGACGAAGGAAAGACUCGCCAACGUGGCGUUGAGCUUGAUCUCGACAAGCAAGCUGCCGCUCAGAAGUAG